UCCAGGACCAGGUGGGUGUGUGAUUGUUGAGAGAGAGAGGGAGGGAGGAGGAGGCUGGUUUUGUUGAGGUGCACCUGAAUCCUGUUAGACUAGUUCCAGCAGGAAAAGGAAGUCUGCACUCGACCUGAGAGGGAAAGUAAGAAAGGGGCCAGCUUCCAUCAACAAACAGCGUCAGCCACACUGCACAAGAAAUGGGGUCUGAGGGAGAGAGCUACUUUGGAAAGCAUGGAGAACCACAGAAAUAUGACCCAACGUUUAAAGGUCCAAUCCACAACAGGGGCUGCACGGACAUUGUCUGCUGUAUUCUCUUCAUUGUCGCAAUAAUUGGAUACUUUAUUGUGGGGAUUGUGGCCUGGUCUCACGGAGACCCGAGGAAAGUGAUCUAUCCCACUGACAGCAGGGGGCAGUUCUGUGGGCAGGCUGGCACCGAACUCGAGAAGACUCCCUUCCUGUUUUACUUCAACAUCAUGAAGUGUGCCAGCCCCCUGGUGCUGCUGGAGUUCCAGUGCCCCACGACCCAGAUCUGUGUGGAGAAGUGCCCGGAUAAAUUCAUGACGUUAUUGAAGGCGUAUGCCAAUCCCUCAGACAUGGACUAUUACAAGAAGUUCUGUAAGCCUGAGUUUGCUGGCAUGACCAAACUGAGUGCUCCGGAGGUUCUUCGAGAUGGAUACUGUCCAGCCAUGCUGAUUCCCAGCAGACCAUUCACACGCCGCUGUUUCCCGGCUCUCCGGGCUAAGAAAGGCGUGAUCACCGUCGACAACCACACCACGUUCGACGACGGGAUGGGGGAGAGACGCAACGUUACAGAUCUGCUUGAGGGGGCCAAGAAAGCCAACGUGGUGCUAGAGGCCCGUCAGGUAGCCAUGAAGAUAUUUGAAGACUACACUGUGUCCUGGCACUGGAUUCUCCUUGGCCUGGUCAUCGCCAUGGUGAUCAGUCUGAUCUUCGUCGUGCUCCUGCGCUUCCUGGCUGGAAUUAUGGUCUGGGUGAUGAUCGUGCUGGUUCUCUUGGUCCUGGGUUAUGGGAUAUUCCACUGUUACAUGGAGUACGCUGCUCUGAAACAAACCCCUGGGGCUGACGUCAGCAUCAGAGAGCUGGGCCUGCUGACCGACUUCACUGUGUACCUGCAGCUGAGACAAACCUGGCUGGCUUUCAUGAUUAUCUUGUGUAUCAUUGAGGUGGUCAUCAUCCUGCUUCUGAUUUUCCUUCGCAAACGGAUUGUCAUCGCCAUAGCCCUGAUCAAGGAGGCCAGCAGGGCGGUCGGUCACGUCAUGUGCUCCCUGAUCUAUCCCCUGUUGACCUUUGCCCUCCUGGCUCUCGUCAUCGCCUACUGGGCCAUCACUGCGGUCUUCUUAUCCACCUCCAACGAGCCUGUUUACAAAGUGUUUCCAAACAACACGAACAACGAGUCAUCGUGCAUCUACUCCAGAAAAACAUGCGACCCACAGACUUUCAACACCACCAACAUGACGAAGGCGUGCCCGGAUGCGAAGUGCUUGUUUGCGUUCUACGGCGGCGAGACGUACUACCACAAGUACCUCAUCUUCUUCCAGUUCUACAACGUCUUCCUCUUCUUCUGGUGCGCCAACUUCGUGACGGCCCUGGGGCAGGUGACGCUGGCAGGAGCCUUCGCCUCCUUCUACUGGGCCUUCAAGAAACCCGACGACAUGCCCGCUUUCCCCAUCUUCACCUCGCUCGGCCGGGCGCUCAGGUACCACACGGGGUCGCUGGCAUUUGGAUCGCUCAUCCUGUCUAUUGUGCAGGUCAUCAGAGUCCUGCUGGAAUACCUGGACCACAAACUCAAAGGUCACCAGAACAAGUUCACCAAGUUCCUGCUGUGUUGUUUGAAGUGCUGUUUCUGGUGCCUGGAAAAGUUCAUCAAGUUCCUGAACAGAAACGCCUACAUCAUGAUCGCAAUCUAUGGAAAAAACUUCUGCACCUCUGCUAGGAAUGCCUUCUUCCUCCUCAUGAGAAAUAUUGUUAGGGUUGCGGUUCUGAACAAAGUAACAGAAUUCCUGCUCUUCCUGGGGAAGCUUCUUAUCGUCGGAAGUGUUGGGAUCCUGUCUUUCUUCUUCUUUUCAGGGAAAAUAAAACCCAUUGAGGACACGGCCCCGACACUCAACUACUACUGGGUCCCUAUACUGACGGUGGUGAUCGGGUCGUACUUCAUCGCUCACGGCUUCUUCAGUGUCUACGGCAUGUGUGUGGACACGCUGUUCCUGUGUUUCUUGGAAGACUUGGAGCGCAACGACGGCUCCCAGGAAAGACCCUACUUCAUGCCUGACACCCUCCUCAAAGCUCUCAAGAAAAAGAACGAAACGAAGCCCAGCGAAUAGCCACCCGGGCCAGCGGCUUCGUCUGCAGCAGGGCGUGUGGACAGCAACAGCACCGCCCCUCUCGUCUACAAGAGGAAUUCUUUACUGUGGAGGCAGUUUCAUCUUUAAUGGAAUUGCCAUAGCAUAUAUCUGCAGAAUUAGAUUUUUUUCGCCCAUGUGUAUCGAUUUUAAGGUACAGUACUUUGCAUCCAUUUUUUUGUAUUAUUGGGAGUGUUUCAAACUUCAGUUAUCGGCGUGUUAUUUAGCAUUAUGAGACGUGAUACAUAUUUUAAAGAUUGAUAUUGUUUUAAAAUGGAAUCUGCAAAUAUGGCAGCUUAAAGGUGAAACAACUUCCAUGGUAAAUAUUUUGUUUUUUGGACAACGUCUGUCCGACCGUUGUCCUUUUGUCUGCUAAUGCCUCCUCUCCACAGCCUCUCCCCAGGUGUAACUGAGCUGGCCGGCCUGGAUGAGGUGUAGUUAGACGGCUGUCUGUGUUACCUGUCUGUCAGGUGUAGCGACACAGGAAGUAAAACGUCACAUUGGAUUGUGGGAUUGAUUGAAGAUAGACGAAGUUAAACAAACGUGUGUGGCUGUUUUUUUUUUUUAUUUUUUAUUAUUAUUUCUGGUAGUCUUACUAAAGAAAAGCGUUGGAAAACGACCUCACUGGAAACAGCCUCCAGCUACACCUGUCCCAGACCGGCCAGCUCAGCUUACCUGUCGAGAGACAGUGGAAACGAAGCAUCCACUUCCUUGUGUGCUGCGUUCCAUGGCUAAUUCCCUCAAACCAUGUGGCAAGCGUCUAGACCUGAAGCGCGUUACUAGAUUUCUAGAUUCAGUUUGGGUUUUGUUAGGUUAUGUAGUUCUGCAGCGUCAUUGCCAGGCAUUAAUCCUGAUUGAGGGAAAUUGUCAUGUGACCGUCAAAAAAAAAAAAAAAAAAAAAGCUAUAUAUCUUGUAUAAAUAAAGGACCUUAUCUCAUUGCUUCGAGCUGAGGGUCUGCUAGAAGAAAACCUCUCUGUGCAGGUCUGUGAGGAGCCGUGGUUGUGAACAGGAUGUAUUGAAACUCAUGAUGCAAGGUGAAGUGUACGUUUUGAAAUGCCUUUAGUGGCCUGUUCAGAGAUGGAAACAGCACUCCCAUUCCGCGCUUUAAUGCGAGCCCCGGUGUGUAACGGUAACAAGCUCAGGUGUGUUAUUAAAUGCUAGUAAAACCAGGAAUGGAUCGGACUGCUAUGCAAAGGGAGUUUUAUUCAGGGAUGGAAGUGAGUCAUUUUUUAUAGUGAGUGAUUAUUACAGUAGCACUAAUUCCACUGCCUGUUUUUCUCUUCAAGAAAGGUGCAACUAAUUAUGAGCUUUAAGACACUGCAGGAUGUUUUAAGCAGUUGGUAAUAGUGUACGAUGCUUGUUACAUCAGUGUACAGCUCUGGCCAAAAGUGUCGCAUCACCCUGUAGAAUUAACUUUGCUUCAUAGAGUCGAAUGCAACCUGCUGCAUAAUGUUACGUUAACAUAUUGAAUUGCACACCGCUGUGUAGUUUUUCAUAUACUGAAGACUUUUGUGAUACCAUUUUGUAGUUUCUUUGAGAACAUGAUGUUAAAUAAAAUGUGUUUUUUUUUUCUUUAUUUUGUACAUUUAAAAGGCAUGUUUUAAUGAAUAUAACAGCUUUUGUACUGUUUUUAAUGAAUAAAUAACUUCCUAGUG